UAAUGGCUUAGAAAUUAUUCCCAUCUCCUGACAGCUUCAGAUUACAAGGAGAAAUACCGUCUCGACAUGAUAGCCGGAGUGAAGCAAAACGUACUCAAGACACGGGUUUUUUUUAUUAGAGCAGCAAUAGACAUGUAUGAAGGUAGCAAAUAUCCAAUUUGGAUUGUGAGUGACAUGCGAAGACAAAGUGACCUUGCGUGGUUCCAGCAACACUAUGACAAUAUUAUUUACACUGUUCGUAUUACUGCUUCUGAAGCAGCAAGGAAGCAGCGAGGUUGGACAUUUACAUCAGGAGUUGAUGAUGCAGAGAGUGAGUGUGACCUUGAUAACAUCACUGACUGGAAUCAAGAGGGUUGGCACUAGAAGCUUUCUUGGGGCCCAUGGUGACUUAUUUUGCAGUUACAAGCACAAAAAACACGGGUGAUAAGGUGAAAUGUACCGAAUGUAUGCAUGGAUGCAACCGCACUGGCUGGCUUGUAAACACUGGCGCUGAGGCCACACAUGGGACGCGUCCCGGACGAAUCGCGUGAGGAGAGUUUUUUAGCGUGAGGUGAGGCAAAAUUUUUGCGUUCAAAUGUAUUGUAUGGCGGAUUUAACAUAACGCGAUGCCAUCGUAAGGUGGAGGUCCACUGUAUUACUGUAGAGUUAAGACUAGAGACACACUCUUAGUGAUUUUCAUGUGUACCUGCAUGCCAGCACUGUGUGUAAGUAUAUUUAGGUACAGGUACACAUAAGUAUUAUUAUCAGAGUACAGUGGACCUUCAACCAACGGCUUUAAUCCGUUCCAGAGAGCUAGCCUUUAGUCAAAUUAGCCGUUAGUCGAAUUAAUUUUCCCCAUAAGAAAUAAUGGAAAUCCAAUUAAUCCAUGUCAGACAGCCAAAAGUAUUAACAAAAAAUAUUUUUUUUAAAGAUUAAAUAUAAAUAUACAUACACAAAACAAUGACAAAUAAAUAUAAAGCACUAAUAAAAUAGAUAAAUGAACAUUUAACAUCACACUUACCUUUAUUGACUUAUCUUUAUUGACUUGACUUGUUGGUGUGUGACAGACACAUAGGAGGCAAGAGGAAGACAAGUUUAUUAUGCUUCAAUAUGACGCUAAUAUCAUCUCUACGGCUUAUUUACCUAUCACAAUUCAUCUAAUAUGACAUUAUAAACAAUAUUAAUAACAUAAAAACAUGAUGUGUACUCUAGAAUUAAUAAAAUAUGUCAUAAUGUAUGAGAGUAAAUAGUGUAAGUGUUGUUGUUGGGUUUAAGGGCCACCACUGAGAGAAGGGUGUUGGUGGAGGUGGAGGCUUUUGCCACCACCACCAUCACACUUAAACAAUGCAUGUAAUUUAUAAAUAAGAAAUAUUUACAUUUUAAUUUAUAAGUAAGUUUAUUCAGGUAUACACAAAUACAGUUACAUAGAUUAUCAUACAUAGCAGCAUGUGUAAAGUACCUAGGAUAACCCAAAAGUCAGAGUGACUUAUGUAUUUCCAUUGGGGUACUUUUAUAUUUACACUUAAUAUAUUUACUUUUAUGCUCACACUUUUAUAUUUACACUUACCUUGGAGGAGAUGUUAGUUUAAUUAGGUAGUUUGAUGGAGGAAAUGUGGCAGAGGUUUAGGGUAGUGGGAGAUAGCAGGCCAGUGUAUGUUCAGCGGAUAUACAUACAUCCAUUAUUGGAGAAUUACUUUUGUCUCGUUUUUCUUUCACUUACUCGCUUAACUUACUUGCUACACUGUUAAUUCUACACUUUAUCGCUGGCUGGCACUAUAGCCUUUAUCGAUACCUACUGCUUUAGUAUCGUACAUAUUGUAGAAUCACUAAAUCACUGCAGAAGGCACAUUCUCCCCUCUCUCCUCCUCCUCCACUUCAGUACUUUGCUACGAGUUUUUUCUUGAAUUUUAUUGUGUUUCUUUCCUUCUUUAUCAUAGGGCUGACACUAGAAACUUUCUUUGGGCCCAUGGUGGCUGUUUAGCAGUUACAAGCACUAAAAACACUGGAAUUAUACAAAGUAUAUCGCAGGUACAUGUGGAAUCGACCGAAAUGGCUUGUAAACACUGGCACACUGGCUGUACAUGGAGUCUUGGAGUGGCUGGGCCUGCUCAGGCCGCAUGGACAUGUUUGGGACAAAAGCCUUUAGACGAGUUUUUUGCUAUUGGUAGAGCCAAUUUUUUGACGCCAAAGAGCGCCGUUAGUCGAUUUUGGUGUUAGUCGAUGCUGCCUUUGGGUGAGGGUCUCCUGUACAUAUAAAAUAUGCAAUAACUUUAAAACAGUUGAAAUUUUGGAAAGUUUCCAGACAUAAUAGAGAGAUGUGCUCAUGGAAAAUGUAAACAAACCGGGUGGGGUGUGCCAUAUUAGAAAGACAGCCACAUAGUGAGUUUUGGUCAUAAUUUUAACUUGCUGUAUUAACGGAACGCCAUAAGGCAAAACGCUGUAAAGCAGGACCCUGCUGUAUUGGAACCUCCCAAGGGGCAAGAGAAAAGGUAGAUGCCAGAUGAACGUACAUACAAAGGGGGCGAUUGAAGAAAAGCCAGGCGUGAAUAUGAAAAGAAAAGGGGCAGAGCAAACAAGGGUGGCAAUCAAAUAAUACACCUCUACUAAUGUUUGUUACCAUUCUGCAUGUAGAAGGAUAGUGGAGGUCAUAAGAGCAGACAAAAUAUCUGACACAAUGGGCAUGACGCCGAUAACGCAGAGAUGGAAAAUUCGCCUCCACAUAUACUCUCUUGACGGGAGGAGUUAAAAGCACAUAGGCACAAACGUAAUCCCUGGUGAUGAAGGGGAUAGAGUUCAGAAAGAAUUGCGGGAGAGGUCGCAGAACAUAUCUGGUCUCCAUAAUCUAGUUUUGAUAGGAUUAGAGCAGAAUGAAGCCAAAGGAGUGUUCGUCAAUCUCCCCCCAAGAAAGAUGAGUGAGGGUGUUAAGGAGGCUCAGCCGUCUAUGGCAAGUGUCAUUCAGGGAGAUAAUGUGUGGUUUCCAGGACAGCCAGCGAUCGAACAGAAGACUGAGAAAUCUGACCGUAUCACGUUCAAGUAUACCUACCAUCCGACUUACGACCGAGUUCGGUUCCGAGAAACCGGUCGUAAGUCGAAAUGGUCGUAAGUCGAACUUUACUACUGAAUAUCAACAAAACAUUUUUGUAAUGACUUUAUUUUAUUGUUUUAUUUUGGUAUUUCAUGUUUUACUUUACUUUUUAUGCUGUUAGUACUGUAUUUUAUACUGUAAGGUUUAGGAUAAACACUUUGUACAACACAAAUAGUUGUUUAUUUCCCAGAAAUUUGGCAUAAAAAACACAGUCGUAAGUCGAGUGGUCGUAAGUCGAGCAGGUCGUAAGUUGGAUGGUAGGUGUACAUGUAUAUGGGAACCAUACAGGUACAAUGGAGUAUCAGAGACAACAGAACGUCUGAGGAAAAUAAUUUGGUAUGUUAAAUUAAGCACCAGAAAAUUUAAACCCAUAAGUAGUGGCCUAAUGAGAAACACGGUCAGUAGCAAUCUGGAGAGAGAGGCUGCUAUUAGGUGACAGUCAGCAUCUGCACAAGCUAUAGCAAAGUCAUCAACAUAAGGUGAUGACCAAAUAUUAGAUGGGAGAACAGAGGCCAGAUCAUAUAUAGCUAAUAGAAAAUGAAUGGUGUUAAGGACACAUCCCUGAGGGACAUCUUCAGUAUGGACAAAGUCCGGGGAAAGCAAAUUAUUAACCCGAACAUGGAAAUGUGUCUCAAAUAAAAAGAUUUUAAGGAAAAGUGGCAGACUGCCCCAGAGGCCUAAGGAAUGAGCCCAGGCCAAGAUGUUAUGUCUCCAAGUAGUGUCAUAUGCAUUUUCAAGAUCAAAAAAAAGAUUGUAAUAAUUGAGUGGUUACUAGCAAAUGCAUUAUGAGCAUAGGUAUCUAAGCAGAGUAAAGAGUCAAUAGUGGAGCGGUCCUUAUGAAAGCCAAAUUGAUGAGUGGAAAGACUAUACCACGUAUUCAAGUAGAUGUGGGCUGCAGUGUAAUGCAGUGAAGUAUGGACAAGGACCUGAGAAUGUAGUAUACUGUGGUGCACAAGAAAUACACGUUCAUUAAAAGUCCUGCAGGACAAGAUGGGAUGGAGAACAAUGGAACGCAAUUUUGGUUCUUGCAAACAGACAAAUGAAAAAACUAGGAGAGCAACAUCUGAAACACUCAAUUACUCCACACUAAAUAAGCCAUGAUCAGCUAACAGAGCAUAACAGUAGCAUUCUGCAGUUGUCUAUGGACCAAGAGGGUCAGUAAAGUCAACAUGUAGAGGCAUUGGGAAACUAGUAAGGAGUGAGGUAUUGGAAUGGCGUGUAGAAAAGCAGUGUGAGGAAGGGAGCGGAAGACGAGAAUGUGAAGUAGCAGGGGGCGGACUAGCAUCCAUCAUAGGUGGAAAUAAAUGGUAUCAAAUACCACACAGUGGAAAUAUAAACAC